AACAGGUUUGCGUCGAUUUUUCUUUCGAUAAGUUUGAUAGUGGAACAAUCUGAAAAACGUCUUUCUGCUGCUUUCCCUUAUUUCCAUUGCUCCAGCAUGUCAACUCCCCAUAAGGUCAUUCUGGUAUCUUCCCAGAACCCAAUCAAGAUCAAGGCAGCCAAAGAAGGGUUUAUGCAAUUGAUUCCUGGAAAUUAUGACAUCAGAGGGGUCAGUGUCUCUUCAGGUGUGCCUGAACAACCCUUUUCAGACGAGGAAACACUCCGAGGCGCCGUGAACCGAGUACAAAAUGCCAGACACCUUACUCCCGAUGCAGACUAUUGGGUAGGAAUCGAGGGUGGAGUGGAAGAUCGUGACGGAUCGAUCAUCAACUUUGCCUGGAUCGUGGUUGAGGGUCGGGAAGGCCGAACAGGCAAAGCACGAACAGCUUCCUACAACCUACCGGAAGAGACGGCCGAGCUUUUGCGCCAAGGAAUGGAGCUAGGACAUGCGGAUGACAAGAUAUUCGGCAGGGUAGACUCGAAAAGAAGCAGUGGCUCAGUUGGAUUACUUACGGAUAAUGUCGUAGAUCGAGCGAGUUUUUACACUCAGGCCGUCAUCUUGGCGUUGAUUCCUUUCAAGAACACCAGCCUUACAUUCAAAUAGAAAUACUGCGUUGACUGAUUAUAGACCUUAUAUCGCUCAUAGCAUCAAAGCCAUGAUCAUAUUUAUCUACAGCAUUGAGUCUUAUA